UCAAUCAUUUCCCAUCUCCCCUCCCUUCUCAUUUCUCCUACACAAACAACUUUUUUUUCUCUCCUCCCUCGACCAUCACAACUAUCACCACCACCAUCACCGACAUGUCGGAUAAAAAGUGUAGCCACCACAAGAGCAAGAAGAAAAAGCUAAUUCGACGUAUUUGUGCUGGAGUUCUUAUCUUCCUCUUCUUAGCUCUUCUCACUAUCCUCAUAGUAUGGGCCGUACUUCACCCCAAAAAACCUCGUUUCAUUCUCCAAGACACAACUAUCUUUACCUUCAACGUAUCCGCCCCAAACAUCUUCUCGACCUCUAUCCAAACCACAAUAUACGCUCGAAACCCUAAUAGCAAAAUCGGAAUUUAUUAUGAUAGCAUGCAUGUAUACGCUACGUAUCAUAAUCAACAAAUCACGUAUUACACGCAAAUACCCCAGGUGUAUCAAGGCCAUAAGGAUGUUAACAUAUGGUCCCCGUUUGUUUAUGGGAAUAACAUCCCGAUCGCUCCGUAUAACGGGCCGGGCCUGUCAGAGGAUCAACAAAACGGUGGCGUUUGGUUGGAUUUUAAGAUUGAUGGACGGGUAAAAUGGAAAGUGGGGUCCAUAACAACGGGCCAUUACCAUCUGCAUGUCACGUGCUCUGCUUACGUGCCACUUGGUGAUCGGCCCGGUUACGGAGGGGUUAUGGUUGGAAAUAACGCCGUUAAGUAUCAACUAGCCCGGGAUUGCUCCGUCAGUGUUUGAAAUAACGACCGUCAAGUUUGUCUUGAUCAAUUCUCUUUUCUUAUUUAAAAUAAAUGUUUUGUUCCUUUAUAGUUGAUGAAAUUGUAUAUUUUUCUUAUAAAAAAAUAUUUAAAAUUGGGAAGGGAAAAAAAUGGGGAAUUCAUAAUCUUGUUAUUACAGGUUAUAAUUUAUUAUAUAUCAUUAUAUUAUUGUUUUUUUUUAUAACAAUAAUAUAUUUAAUGCGA